AUGGCAGAGACGGAGGCAGAUCAAGUAUUUGCUGUCUAUUCAACUUUACACUUGAUCUUCCAUCGAAAUAAAAACCAACAUGGCAAGACCAAAUGGUGGAAAUGGCUGUCUAUCCUGAAGCGGGCUACUCUGAGCCUUGCGAGAUCUUUAAGACAUGAGGCACUUCGCAGCAGCGCAAAUGAAACCUCUUCCAUGUACAGACAAUACCUAGCAACAGACACCAUUCCAAGAUGUUACCUGGCCUUCUCAACUGUUGUUGCAGACGUGCAAUUUUCUACAGUCGGCACAGUCCUUUUGGCCACGUUGGCUCGUCUUGCGAAAGUAACGGGUAUUGACAAACAAUUGAAAACCACAUUCCGGGCAGACAGAGCCAGCAAAAGUAGAGCCCCAUCUAUAGGUCCUCAGAUUAACGAGGACCUCGGGGAAGUACUUACGCGGAAGCUACACUCCCCGCCGCCCAAGGAGCCUGGUCUCAAAGGUUCCGAUAUGGCAAAGUCAGGGAGUGUCCCGGAGAUGGCGAGCGCAGCAAGUGUUGCGCAGGUGAAGAAAUCCAAAAAGCGGAAGAAGAAGGAUGCGAUUGAUGAUCUCUUCAAUGGUUUGCUAUAG